AACCAACCAGGGGUCGCCGGCGGUGUUGCAAAAAGUGGGAUAGCAACCUGCAACCAGGGCAGCAGUACGGAUACUAGGUAUGUAGAACCAUGUUUGCCCAUGGUGUGGACGCAAUGUGGAUUCGUUGCGUGGCAGGCCAGCCCUAGCUUCAGCUUCGUGCUCGUGCGAGGCGAGCAUCGGCAACACGAGUCGAGCCGUCUCGACACGACAUUUCCAACUUUCUUAUCUGCAGCACCAUGGGCGAUUUCGGGAGGCUGGGUGAUGGUUGCUAGUGCAGGGAGACAUGCGAAUAACACAGCGGCGAUCGGCGGGAAAUUGAGACGCGAGUGUAGCAGAGCGAGCGCAUGCAACGACGCUGAUGUUGGCAAGGUGAGAUGGGGACGGCAAGGCAAGCCGUUUCCAGGAACGGGACUUUAUUUGAGAGAAAACACCUAGACCUUGUCAGCAUGCUUGUUCUCAGAUUUAACCCGGAAAAGAAAAACAUCAACAAUGAUUGACCGGGGUGUCGCAAAAGAAGGUGGAAGGAAGAACAGUCUCAUUCCUAGUACUGUAGUCUGCCAGCCAGCCAGCCAGCCACCCGGUUGACAAAAAAGAUGGCACACCUAAACACCCCCUGCACUAUUAUAGACAGC